AUGAACCACUUCCCUGGAGUUUGGGGACGACCUAGAAAUGACAUUUAUGGCGAAUAUGACCAUUCAUAUCUCCAAACAACCACUCCCAACACACACACGCAGUCGCCUAUUGUAACAGGUACAUCAGUGAUUGCCGUCAAGUUCAACGGCGGUGUAGCAAUCGCAGCCGACAAUUUGGCAUCAUACGGCUCCCUAGCGCGCUUCACGGACAUUAAGCGUCUGCGCCCCUUCCACAACAACGCCGUCCUAGGCUUUGGUGGCGAUGUGUCUGACAUGCAAUUCAUCGACCGCCACCUAAACUCCCUGGACAUCGACGAAAACUACUCGACCUACGGCCAUACGCUCAACGCGCAGAACCUGCAUACCUACUUGUCCAAAUUGAUGUACAGGCGCCGCUCACAGUUCAAUCCGCUGUGGAACAACAUUCUUGUCGCAGGCUUCGACACCAACGGCCAGCCUUUUUUGAGCUCCGUCGAUUUGCUGGGAAGCACAUAUUCGGCCCCAUCGUUGGCUACGGGAUUUGGAGCCCACCUUGCUAUCCCAGUGCUGAGGCGGUUGUUCCCGGAGGACCGACCGUUGGAGCAGAUCACGGAGGAGGAAGCAGUCAAAGCCCUGAAGGAGUGUUUGAAGGUGUUGUUUUAUCGUGAUGCCAGAAGUACUGAUCGUUAUUCUAUUGCUAUUGUGAAGAAGGACGGGGUGUCGUUGAAGGAUGAUGAGAGGUUGGAGAAUCAGAGUUGGGAGUUUGCGGAAGAUAUUAGAGGAUAUGGGAGGACGACUAAUUGA